AUGCCUGUGGUGCCAGUGGGCGGGACAUCCUCCUCCCAGCACGUCGUACCUGUCGCUCUCACCUGCUCCUGGCUGCUCCUGCUCGUCCAUGCCGCCUUCGGUCAGAAACCUGCCAAGCUGCCUCUGAUUGGCCGGAAGCCCUUCAUAGCAGCCUGGAACGCCCCUCUGGACAUGUGCACCAUCAAGUACAACGUCACCACCAACCUCGACCGCCUCUUCCUCAUCCACGGGAGCCCACGUGCUGGGUGGACGGGCCAGAACAUCACCAUCUUCUACGCCAACCGACUGGGCUACUACCCCUACUACACUCCGCAGGGCGCCGCCAUGCACGGUGGUCUGCCACAGAACAGCAGCCUGGACCUGCACCUGUUCAAGGCCUACCAGGACAUCAACCACUUCAUCCCUGCAGAGGACUUCCGAGGCCUAGCUGUCAUCGACUGGGAGUUCUGGCGACCUCAGUGGAGCCGUAACUGGCACAAGAAGGACAUCUACCGCAGGAAGUCGAGGGAGCUGACCUCCAAGGCGUACUUCAACGUGACGGGUGCGCAGGUGGAGGAGCUAGCACGACGGCGGUUUGAGAAGAGUGCCAAGGCGUUCAUGCAGAGGACUAUUCAGUUGGGGACGCGCCUUCGCCCCAACAGCCUCUGGGGCUUCUACCUCUACCCCGACUGCCACAACUACAACCUGCACGAUCAGAACUACACAGGCUUCUGCCCCCUGCUGGAGACCCUGAGGAACGACGAGCUGCUGUGGUUGUGGAACAGCAGCACAGCGCUCUUCCCCUCAGUGGCCAUCAGGAAAAGUCACACCAACAGCAUCAGUAACCUGCACUUCUCCCAGCACCGGAUACGAGAGUCACUCCGAGUCGCCUCGUUGACCUCGAAGGAGUACGACCUCCCAACCUACGUGUACCUGAGGCUGGGCUACCGAGACGAAGCCAUGGCCUUCCUCACCACAAAAGACUUGAUCCACACCAUCGGGGAGAGCGCUGCACUGGGAGCUGCAGGAUUCGUCAUCUGGGGCGACCUGAACCUGACCUCGUCUCGGUACAACUGCACCAAAGUGAAGUCCUUCCUGUCUCAUCGCCUCGGUCAGUACAUCACCAACGUGACGCGAGCUGCUGAGGUCUGCAGCGACUUCCUGUGCCAGGGGAAUGGCCGCUGCGUCCGCCGAGAUCCCCGAGCCCGCCAUUACCUCCACCUGAGCGCCGACAGCUACCACAUCCUGCCCUCGGGCGACGGGGACUUUGCCGUCAGUGGGUGGCACUCGCAGCACGAACUGCAGCUGCUGACUGAGAGGUUUCACUGCCACUGCUACGAAGGCCACGAAGGCGAGCGCUGCGACAGCAUCAACAUCGUGAAGGAGGACGACGGGCAGCGGAAAGAGGACGACGACGAGCAGGAGAGGCGGAGGAUUGAGUGGGAGGACGAGCAGGGAGAUGCGUGGGAGGGAGGGGAAAGUGUGGCGCCACCAACCGGCUGCAGCCAUUACCUUCUGUUAUUGAUUCUCCUGUUGAACUUAUCGUUAGUGAGGACGGUUGGAUGA